CUGAAGUCUGUGAUGGAACAGGUGUUGGACUUCGCGCUGCACGAGCUGACGAAGAUCGUGGAGGCUUCGUUUGACGACCUGCUGCUGGAGAUCACCAAGAUGGAGAGCGAGCAGCAGCUGCUGGAGGAGAGGAUGGACAAGGGGAGAGGAGGCAAGUGGAGAGGAGGAGCGGGGGGUCGGAGGAGGGGAUCUGAGAACGACUCGGUGUCCCCCAGUGGGUCUGAUGACACCCAGGAGGAGCUGGCCGAGGCCCCCGUGUCCAAGGAGACGCCACAGGCAGAUGACUUGGGGCGCCCCCCUGUCCUCUCCGUCGCUCAGGACUGGGUUCCCAUCCUGGACAAGGUCUUUGGUCAGAAGUGGUGCAGCGACGUGUGGCAGAUAAAGGAGGGGGCCGGUACAGGGCGGGGUCUGGGUGAGGGCCGGGUUGAGCACGCGGCACCCCUCUCCAACCGCUCUGUGACCCUAGAGCCCUCCCCCUCCUCCCCCCAGCAGGACCCCCGUUGGACCCCUCUGGAGGACAUGGAGGUGUUUUCUCCAGAUGAGGAGGCUGCAAGCAGUCAGAGGGACACCUCGGGCUCCCGACAUGGACACCCCCACAGCCCCACAGGCUCUUCCGGCCGGCGCUCAUCAGCCUCGAUGCUUCAUCGCCUCCUCACGCUGCCGUCUCAGCUGCUGGACGAGGAGGAGGACGCCGCCAACGACACGCUGGUCGCUCUCGCCAUCGAGGGAGUCCACGACCUCCGAGAAGCCAUCGAACCGCACCGCCUGUUGCCCCCACCCAACAGAGAGGAGGACGAAGAGGAGGAGGAGGAAGAAGAAGAGGAGGAGGAGGAGGAGGACAAAGGGAGGAAGAAGAAGCGGCGGCGGGUUUGGUCGGAGUGUGAGGAGUGUGGCCGGAGGUUCAGCCGGAUGUCUCUCCUGAAGGCUCACCGGCAGACGCACGCAGCGGAAAACACGGCCGCUGUCGACACGGCGUCCCCCGCGCCCACAAGCAACGCAUCAGCGCUCCACUGCUCCACCUGCGGUAAGAGGUUCUCCUCCGCCACCCGCCUCCACAGCCACAUCCUGGCCCAGCACCCCGGGACCCGGACCUGACCUCCAACAGAGUCCAACAAGAAGCUAAACAAACACCACAGCAGUAUCCACAGAGCAGAACCAGAACCAUGAAGGGAAACUCAUCAGGAUCCCACUCCAGAAAAAACAAACAUGACCAAAGGGAUAGACCGGUUUUACACUCUAAAGUACUUCUAUUCUGAAAUAUGGAAGCCAACUCCAGGGCUUCUGUAGAGCACUUUAUUAUUAGAGCUGCAACUAAAUUAUUUAUUCCACUAUUUAUUUAUAUUUCCCAUUAGAAGUUACUGUAUGAAAUUACAAAAAGCUAAAGUGAAUAUGCUAUCAACUGAAACAAAAGUUAUUUUUGUAUUACUAUUUUACAAAUUGUUCAAGUAGCAGCGCUAACAUAAUGAAAAAACAUAAACUUUCUUUUGAUUUUCUUUCCUAAAAGAGGGUUUAAAACAAAUUUGAGCAAUAAUAUUUAAUAUUAAGACCCUCAAAACAUAAAUUAUUAUUUUAAAAAGAUUAAAAAUCACCACAGAUAAAGAUUGAAAAAAACUCUGGUCUAAAAUCUGUCUAUCCCUUGUCCUUGGUACCCGACAACCAUAUUAGAGCGUAUGGAAGAAGGUCACAUGAUCGAUGAUCACCCAGGACCAGAAGGAGUCCAGGUCCAAUCUCGGUUCUGCCUUGGAUCCGGCUCCAGAUUUAUCAAGUGCUGUCAAAUCGCUUACUCAAGCUCCAUUUCUUUUUUUGAGUAUCAAAAUAUUCAGCUUUUUUCCACGUUGAUCAUUUUGAAUGUACAUUUUCAAGCCAACAAAACACUAAAAAAGCCCAUAGACUCGACUCCCCCCAUCGGAUUCAUUUUAGCGAUGGGGUCCGACAAGUAAACAAACAAAUCUGCCAAAGAGGGAAAAUAUUUAUUUUAUUUCACAAUUGAAAUGCAUUGCUAUAAAAGAUAAAAACUGUACUACUAUCAAAAAAGGGGAAGUUAAAAUUGAAGUGAAUAGGUUUAAAGAAAAAAUGCUUUCUUAUUUUAAAAAGCAUAAAAGGUAGAACAUGUAGAGAUUGUUCCCAUUCUCUGCAACUAAAGGGACAUUUCUAAUUUAAUUAUAAUAGGGAAACAAUCUAGUGGCUUUGUCUAAGCCCCCUUUGUUAAACUACUGUUAUGAUAUGCUAUCUUUUAUUUUUAAAAUAAGCUUUAUUGGGGCCCCCUGUUAAUGUAGUAUUACCAAAUGAGGUCUUUUUAUUUUGAAAAUUCGAUACUCUCCAUUGAACUAAUGUUAUACGGGGGCUUUUAUUUGGAAAAUAGUUUGCUUAUUUUCUCCAGGCUGCAAUUAAAGAGUAUUUUUAGAUCAAACUAUUUGAAAAUUAUAGUUUUUUUCCCCCUCAUUUAACUUUCAUUUAAUCAUUUGAAAAGUAUGUUGGAUAGAAAACAAAUUUAAGUGGCUUUUUAAAAUUAUUUUAACUCUUAACAAAUGUUGAAAGCUGAAUAGAUUUGAUAAAAAAAGAUUUGUAGACAUCUGAACUCCCCAAAACACUUAUUAAUCCCAACUCUGGAUUUAAAACGGGAAAUAAAGAACCUGAACGGGGAAUAAUUGCUGAGUAAGCGGAGAUGAAAAACCUCAUGUUUCAAACUCCAUGUUUUUAAAUUCUGUAAAAUACCCUCUUGGACACGAUACGGGGCCCCACCUCAUGAGGUGAGCUUGAGUCCCAGCAGGAAAUGUUAUUUUUUAUUUUUGUUGUUGCAACAAGCUCGUGGCCUCAGCAGUCGGACGGUCGGAGCUUCCUGUUGAUGAUCGUUGUUUUUCUCCUUCUCGUGUUGGAUCUGUAAAACGUGAAUUUGCAGGAAGAUGGAUUUUUCUAUCCGUUUUUGUUGAACGGAAGUGCCCUUUUAUUGUUUCUCUUAACAGACUUAUUUUUGGUUAUCGUCAGGUGCAUUUUUGUCGUCAAGUUUUUGCGAGCAAAAGGAAAAGAAACUUUGUCAGUGGCAUCGAUUGUUUUGGACUCAAAUGAAUGUGAAUCUUUUGUUGUACAGUUUUUACUUUACAUACAGAACUGAAGGUAAAACAAGAGAAUAGAGGAAGGUUUUUAAAAUCUGCAACGGUUUCCUCCUCUGCAUCUUUCUCUCCUUGCUUACAUCCUUCCUUCCUUCAUCCCUCAUUCUUCAGUUAAGCGACCUCAUGUUGACACACGGAUACCUCCUGAAAAAAACACAACCACCUUUUUCUAUAUACGAUUUCUGAUCGUUUACCUUUGUUUUUUUUUGUUUUUUUUCUGGCUUCAACUAAUUAAUCAUUUGCUUUUAUGUGCUUUAAUGGAUCUAAUCUGCAUUGAUUCCCAUUUGUCCCAGGCAAAUAAUUUGCAUUUUAAUUAACGGUAUGUUUUUUUUAUUGAAAGAUGUUCCUGGCAAAACAAGUAAGAAGCUUCCAUUAAAGAUUUUAAAUAUAAAUGACAAACAAAAUCAACUUGGCCACACAUAGUUUACUACAGAACAUGUUUUUUGCUUCUAAAAAUAUUGUCAUCUGAUUAUUAUUACAUUUUCUUUACUUAUAUUAAUCAAAUCUGUAUGGAAGCCCUUAACUGCCAGGAAAUUGACAAAAUAAAGAUAAUCAAAAAAAAAUAGAAGUCGAUAACUUAAGAUGCCUCAAAAUGUUGAGUUGUAUUAAAACAAUACUAUACAAACCUAUAAAGAUUGAGACAUCUUAGAUCAAUUUUUUAAAACUUAAAUUAAAAAACGCUUAUGAAACGACAAUUCCACCAUUUGCUUUAUUAAUGGUUCCUAGCUUUUUAUCAGUUUUUGCGUUUUUCUAGGAUUUGAUUUUUUUUUACUAUGAGUCAGAAAUGUAAAUCUAUAUUUAGUAUAGUAAUGCUGUCCAAGAAAACUAAAAUGAGUUGAGUUUAUAAAAUAUAAAUCUCAGAAAAUAAACAAAGAAAUGUUUUCUGCCAGAAAUGUUUUCUUUGAUGGCUGUUUUCUACAAACUGGCUUCAAAUAUUUAUUAUUUCCUUCACUUAAUGGGCAUUUAAAAUAUGGUAGCCCAUUGGUGCCAGGGGAAGAAAAACAUAUACAGAAAUAAUACGUUUGUGAAAUCUAUCAAAAAUAAAUAUACAGAUUAAGUGGAUAAAAUAAUUGGUUUUAAUUUUACCAAAAGAUCAACAUUAAACUGAGAACAACUAAUCUAAAAUGCCCCAACUUGUGUUGGUGUUUUUUUUAAUCAUUCCUACCUUUCCAUCUGUUUGUGACUUUAUCUUUUGUAGCAUGCAUACCUCAGGAAGAGAUGGAGGGAUGUUGGUGACUAGAAGGAUUAGAUGACGGA